AUCGUCGCGAUGAGGGGUGUUAUUAUAGCGAUCACAGUGCUCGCCAUAGGAGUAGGCUCUAUGCUGGCAGCUGGUGAAUAUUUGGAUCCAGAUUGUAGUGUGAGUUUUGGUUUUAGAAUAAGUGGCGGCAAGGAUGCGGAAAUAAAUAAAUAUCCGUGGAUGGCCUUCAUCCAUUCCUCAACGAAACUAAUUUGCGGCGGAAGUCUUAUUACUAAUCGUUUUGUCCUCACAGCAGCGCAUUGUGUUGGUAAUGGAAUGGCAGUAAAGGUUCGUCUCGGAGAGUAUAAUGCUAGCUCCAUACUUGACUGCGACGACAAGAUCUGUAACUUGAAAACCGAGGAGUACAACAUUGACAUGGCGUUUCGACAUGGAAAGUAUUCUCUUCGCGGUCAUGUGAAUGACAUAGCACUGCUUCGCUUGGAACGAGCUGUGAAAUAUAAAAUUCACAUUCGACCCGUAUGCAUAAUUUUGGAUAACCAUUUGAGAGCUAAAAUCGAUCGACUUCAGUGGUUUAUAGCCACUGGCUGGGGCGAAACCAAUACGAACAAGACGAUAGAUGUGCUCCAGGUCGUUAGACUUCACCGUUACGAUCCACAACGCUGUGUUAAUAAUCUUCGCAACUUUAUCCAUAAAAGUCAAAUCUGUGCCGGAAGCAACGGAGGCGAUACGUGUGGCGGUGACUCCGGUGGUCCGCUCGUCCGGAGUGUGCACCACAAAGGAAAGGUGGUAUCGGUGCAGUUAGGUGUGGUCAGCUACGGCAGUAGGGAUUGCGAUGGACUCGGCGUUUACACGGACGUCUACAGCUAUAUCGAUUGGAUUGAAAAAAUUGUGCGGCUAAACACCAAUGUAACUGCACCAAAAUGGCCCAAUAAAUGAUCUGUCAGAUUAUAUUCAAUGCCAUGGCCACAGAUGACCAGAGAUAGUCAGAUUACUUUUUGAUAUAUGGAUGCUUAUUUAAUUUAAAGAAACGUAAUAAAUAACGUAGUAUGAGUUAUUUUUUAAUAUA